AUGUCUCUGCCAAGGAUUGGAAGAGCCGGCCGUCAGUUGGCAUCAUACGCCACAGUUGCGUCCAGAGCUUCGAUCCAGCCAAUUGCGCAUCCGCCCGGAUCGGGGGUUCGGUUCGGAGCGGUCGUGCAGGGCGUCAACGUCAACAAGAUAUCAGACGCCGACUUCGACAUGAUCAAGGGCGCUCUGUACAGACACCAAGUCCUUGUUUUCAAAGCGCAGCAUGACGCCUCUUCCAAGGCGCAAUACGAAAUCACCCAACGAUUCGAUCCCGAGGCGUCAGCUUCCUACGGCCACGGAAAGACGCUCGACGCCAAACGGUCCAUCUUGCAUCCAGACCUCAAGACGAUCCCACGCCAGCCACAGGUCCAAGUGAUUGGGAACGGCUUCGUCAAGGAGUACGAAGGGCUGAAGAAUAUCCAGCUGCGGCACCCCCACCACAAGACCUUCCACGCCACCGUUAUACCGGACGAGGACGACUUGGACUUUACCCGGUUCUACAGAUGGCACAUUGAUGCCGCGCUGUAUGGGCUCGCCCCUCCGGUGGCCACAACCCUCUUCGCGGCCCAGGUCCCCGGCGGCCGCACGCAGACGAUCCGAUAUGAAGACACGGGCGAGGAGCUGACCGUUCCUCUGGGGACGACGGCGUUCGUCUCUGGCUACACCAUGUAUGACCUCUUAUCGCCGCAGGACCAGCAGUUCGCCAUGUCGACAAAGGUCGAAUACGCCCCGCAUCCCUAUGUGUGGAUGAGCGGUGCCAAGUCUCGCUCGGACGGCCUGGGCCUUAUCUCGGAGGGCAAAGAGGUGCCGCUCGACAGCCUGCCAGAGAUUGAGCAAGACAAGAUCCAAAUCCUGCCCAUGUGCUGGCGCAACCCCCAAGACGACAGGCUAGCGCUGCAGAUUCACCCGUCCGCGGUUCGGAAGCUACAUCUGGGCAACGGCGAGGUUAUCGACGACCUGAAGGAGGUGCGGGAGAUUGUUCACCGACUACAGCGGCCCGGUAUCGCGCCUGGCCAUGUGUAUGCGCACGACUGGGAGGAGGGCGAUUUCGUCAUCUUCCACAACAGAAGCCUGAUUCACUCAGUCGUCGGGGCGUUUGCGGAGGACGAGGUGCGCCUCUUUCGUCAGUGCAACAUUGCCGGCAGCAGCUUGCCCGAGGGGCCAAGAUACAUGUAG